GCGCAGAGUGAAGUAUAGGAGUGAGAAAAAGAACCACCUAUAAUAAGAAGCGAUACAAGAAGGUCAAAAGAAGGACUUGGCACCACUGCGGCAGAAGGACAACAAACAACAGGGCGAGAAAGAAGGCAACAACGAACACGCACACACGAACUAAUAAACAAAAUAAGGACGAGGGGAAAGACGACACUGGGCAAAGCACAUCACAAAUACACGAGGACUUCCAUGGAGCUACAAAUGAGGACGAAGUAGAGAGGGAAAGAACAGGAGCAAGACGGCAAGAGGGUGAAGGCUAGGCCGAUGCAAGCCAGGGACACACACCAGCGAUGAACGGAGAGGCUUAUGGCAGUCGGUUCGGUGUGGACGAUGAUGAUGACGAUGAUGAGCAUGAUGGGCCCGGGAGGCACGUGUCGCCCCCAGAGGACACCUGCAGCCUUAUCUACCUGGCCCUAGUGCUGGCGGGGGUUGGCUUCCUGCUGCCUUACAACAGCUUCACCAUCGCCGUGGACUACUUCCAGCGGAGGUACCCGGGCACCACCAUCGUGUUUGACAUCUCCAUCGUGUACAUCUUUGUGGCCUUUGGUGCGGUGCUGCUCAACAACCUUCUGGUGGAGCUGGUGCCACUCAACACAAGGAUCGUCUUCGGGUACGUGGUGUCGCUGGUGAUGCUGGUGUUCGUGAGUUUCUUUGAGAUCUGGUGGCCCGACACAUUCCCGCCCAGCCUGUCUUACCGCAUCACCCUGCUGUCCGUGUCGGUGGUGGCCUUCGGGUGUACAGUUCAACAGUCAAGUUUCUACGGCUACACAGGAAUGCUGCCCAAGAGGUACACACAGGCAGUCAUGACGGGCGAGAGCACGGCAGGACUCAUCAUCUCCGGGAAUCGCAUCGUCACCAAGCUGCUCCUGGACGACCAGCGCACCAACACCAUGAUCUUCUUCGUGCUGUCAAUCGUCUUCGUCCUCGUCUGCCUCGGCACUCACCUCGCCGUGCAGAAAACAACGUUCAUUCAGUUUUACCUCAACCAGUGCCACUCGGCCGAGGACAACGAGGACCUCAUGUGCAUCACGCUGGAGCCCUCAGACUGCCCCACCUCAGACUACCCCAUCCUGGUUGAGGUCGGUCCCAUCGGCAGCACGGUCACUCCAUCAGACUCCACCGCAACCUUCCACUCCGCCUCCACCCUGCCCGUCUCCGCCUCUGUGGAUCCCGUGGACUCCCAGGCGCCCAGCUACAGGGUGGAGCACGUCAUCCUGGGCCACGUGAGGGCGGGCCGCACCUCUGCCUACACCCGCUCCAUCCGCAUGUGGUCGGCCAUCAAACGUAAGCAUGUGAAUGAGUGGUGUGGUGGCCCGCUGGCGUGUGGGCCGCAGCGUGUGGCACUACAUGCUGGCAUACUUUGA